AUGAGCGCGGUAAGCAAAACCGGAGUGACCCGGCGGGCUAGGUCAGAUUCCAGCAGCAAUGGUAUGGCUUCUCAUGUUAUGCAAGAUAUUGUGAUACCCGCGACGGCCCCUCGUUCGCGGUACACCCAUAUAAUAGUCCUAAAAUCACUAAACAACACUUUCGAGACCAAGUUUCUGGUAGUGCCUUUCAAGCCUGAAGGCCUCAAACUAGGACGUCCGGUGGUGAAUUCUGGAGCGCAAGCGAAUGGUAGGCAAGAAGUGCCGCCACAAGUGCGUUCAGACAAUGGACACUUCGAUUCUAGGGUACUUUCUAGAAACCAUGCAUCUCUUAGUUGCGACUCGUUCAACGGCAAGAUUUACAUCAGGGACCUGAAAUCGUCGAAUGGUACCUUCGUUAAUGGCACCAGGAUCGGCCAAAGUGACGUGGAGCUUAAGGUCGGCGAUGUAGUGGAUCUGGGAACUGACAUCGACGCUAAGUUUGAGCAUCGCAAGAUAAGUGCCAUCGUUGAAGAUAUAUCUGUCAUUCCACUUAUUCAGGAUGCUGAGACGUCUUUUAAUAACUCUGAGAAAACUGGUAAUGAGAACUUGAGCCCGGAAGCCGGCAACAGCGUGGCUCCCAACGCGCAGCGUGCAGCUUUCGAAGCAGCUAUGUUUGGAGAUGUCAAUAACUUGUACUUGGAGGAUUCCGUGCUGAGCACGGAGACUGAGAUUCUGAGCGGAAUCUUCAUUAAUAACUCGAUCGGAACAAGCUCGAAUCUCAUUAAAGUCAUCAAGACGUUGAUGACCGAAAUUACGUUAGAGAAACAUGAGUUUGAAAAGCUCAAGUCGGUUGAAAACUUUCUCAUCAAUUACACGACCAACAUGGAGUAUAUCAACAAGCUUCGAGUCGAAAACAAUGAUAUGCAACUUCUGAAUUUGCAAACCUCGCUUAGACAGAAGCUUAAUGAUAAGCACGAAAAGCUCACAAAGGAAUGCACCGAUCAAGUAAGAGCAGCUAAACAAGAAUUGCAAGAGAAGACAAGCGAAGUCGAGGCCAAAGAGCUACAACAUUUGAGGCAAGUAGAAAAGCUGGCCAGAAAAGUGGAUGACUUGCAAACUCUUCUAGAAGUUGAAAAAUACAAAAACAAAGAGUUCACGAAAGUAUCCACUAUAGAGGAGAGCGCAACCCAGAAGGGAGAACCGAAGCUUGAUGCAAAAAUUAAGCAGGAGCCGGACAAACCAAUUUUACGGGGGAAAUCUGCUCUUUUGUUGAGUGCAUUGUCUGUUGGUGCCUUGGCAGUCGCAUUUCAAUACUCUUCGAGGUAG